AUGACUCACUCUAUAAUCCAGGAUCCUAAAGUGGUCAUCUACGAGAAGGAUUUCUUCACCAAGUGUCAUCUGCGCCCAGAAACCGUACUGGACAAAGGGUUGUGUGGGCAGAUCGUGCUGGCCUCUCUCCUGGAGCGACCCGACACUAAAUUUAUCGUCAAGAAGUUUUGCUUAAAGAACAAGGAGAAGAAAGCCAGACACAAGAGUGUCUUCAAGAGGGAGGUGAAGUUCAUGCAGUCUCUGGCACACGACUACCUUACCACCUGUAUCGCCGCUGCCAGAUGUCCGGGAUAUUUGGCCAUAUUUAUGAAGUACUACGGGAGAGGCACACUGGACCUGUAUGUGGGAGAGAUCGGACUUGAUCUAGCCGAACAGUGUGUGCUCCAGGUGGCGUGUGCACUGAGAUAUAUGCACAAGAACAAGCUGGUGCACUUGGACGUCAAGUUGGACAACAUUUUUCUGGAUGAACAACAUGACGCGGUGCUCGGGGAUUUUGGUAUGGCCGCAGAGCUGAAACCUGGACAGCAGGCCCUGGCCAAAAGAAAUAUAGGUGGUACAAGUGGAUAUUUCGCUCCGGAAUGGAUCGCCGCCACUAAAGACGUGGAGCUAGACCCAUAUAAGCUGGACUCCUACAGCCUGGGAGUGGUGCUGUGGUCUCUGGUGUUUGAGCAAGGCCCCGAGGAGAACAUCCACUACUACUAUGAGACGAGGAAAAGGCGAGACAUACAGGAACAUAUCAGGGAUAUGUUACUGCGACUUCUGAACCGGUGUCCAGGAACAAGAAUCACCAUUACAGAUUUGCUGGCCAGAGUGCGACGUGACAGUAAGUACAGAAUCAUCAUUGACAACAACUAG